AUUACACCCUUCGUCGAUGGACCGAAUAAACUCAUCGAUUUACGACGGAACCCCAUCAAAGUUGCUGGGUUAAUGUUUGGCUUCCGCGGAAGGCAGGUAGGCUGCUUGCAUGAGGAGUAGUCUGGUCAUGGCACGCGCAUAUGAAUUCAACUGGCAGAAGCCUCUUCCAGCCUUCAUGCAGGAGGGGGCAUACUUCGACCGAUUUGAAGAGGACCCAUUUGUGUUUGAACCACAAUGCUUCUUCAGAGUGGACAAGUUUGGUUUCUUCCUCGCAUGGAAAAGCGAGGGCAAGGAAGGUCAGAUUUUGGAGUGUUCUCUGAUCAACAGCAUACGCAGCACCAUCCCAAAGGAUGCUAAGACGCUGGCGUCGCUGGAGGCUCUAGGCAGGCAGGAGAGUGACCUGGAGGACUGCACGCUCUGCAUCUGCAGCGGGCCGGACCUGGUCAACCUCACCUUCACAUACCUGGUGUCCCAGGAUAGCAACGUCACCAAGCUGUGGACGGGGGGCUUGAGGUCGCUGAUCCACAACUUCAGGGCCAACAACGUGUGUCCCAUGACCUCCCUGAGGAAGCAUUGGACCAGGCUGUCAUUUCUCACCAACGUAACUGGAAAGAUUCCAGUGAGGAGCAUUACAAGAACGUUCGCCUGUGGCAAAACUGAGAAGGGAAUCUUCCAAGCAUUGAAGGACCUAGGACUACCCAGUGGCAAGAAUGAUGAAAUUGAUCACUCAGUGUUCACAUUUGAUGAGUUUUAUGCCCUCACACAAAUGAUAUGUCCCCGAACUGACAUUGAGGAACUGUUCAAGAAAAUAAAUGGUGGCAAAAGUGAUUAUUUAAGCGUAGACCAAUUAGUCUGCUUUUUAAACGAAAAUCAGCGGGACCCUCGGCUCAAUGAGAUUCUCUUCCCUUUUUACGACACCAAGAGAGCCAUGCAGAUAAUAGAGACGUUUGAGCCAGAUGACAAUCUGAAAAGAAAAGGGCUGAUGUCUAGCGAUGGGUUCUGCAGACACCUGAUGUCGGACGAGAACGCCCCGGUGUACCAGGACCGCCUGGAGCUGUACCAGGACAUGGAGCUGCCAUUGGCUCACUACUUCAUCAGCUCCUCCCACAACACAUAUCUGAUUGGACGGCAGUUCGGGGGCAAGUCGUCUGUGGAGAUGUACCGGCAGGUGCUGCUCUCUGGCUGCAGGUGUGUGGAACUGGAUUGCUGGGAUGGCAAAGGUGAGGACCAGGAGCCCAUCAUUACGCACGGGAAGGCCAUGUGCACAGACAUCCUCUUCAAGGAUGUUAUCCAGGCCAUCAAGGAAACUGCCUUUGUGACUUCUGAAUACCCUGUAAUUCUGUCCUUCGAGAAUCAUUGCUCGAAGCCUCAGCAGUAUAAGUUGGCCCGCUACUGUGAGGACAUCUUUGGGGAUCUCUUGCAGCGGGACCCUCUGGACGGCUUUCCAAUGGAUCCUGGCCGAACCCUGCCCUCGCCUCACGACCUGAAGAGGAAAAUCCUCAUCAAGAACCGAAGAAUGAAACCAGAAGCUGAACAGAAGGAGCUUGAGGACUUCAUGAGACACAUGGAGGCCGGAGCGAACACGGAGGAGAAUGAAGGAGAAAAGGAGAACGAGUGUGUGGACGAGGGCGUGGACGAGGCCCAUCCUGAGCUGCAUGAGCUGGGCAUGGGAGAGGCCUUUUGUACCGCUAAACCCAGCGGAGCUGGAACUACCGAAAAGGAAAACAGCCGGGUUGGAGAGCCGAACGUGGAUGUGACGGAUCUCAUCAACAGCUACCACUACGUUGCCGCCACCACCAACGUCCAUCCCUACCUCUCCUCUAUCGUCAACUACGCACAGGCUGUCAAGUUCCUGGGAUUUGAAGUAGCAGAGGAGAACAACAUCCAUCACAACAUGUCCUCCUUCAACGAGACGGGAGCUCUGGGAUUGCUGAAGACCAGCGCCAUAGAGUUCGUCAACUACAACAAGCGUCAGAUGAGUCGUAUCUAUCCCAAAGGGGGCCGGGUAGACUCCAGUAAUUAUAUGCCUCAAAUAUUCUGGAACGCCGGAUGCCAGAUGGUGGCUCUGAACUUCCAGACCCCAGAUCUGUCCAUGCAGUUGAACCAGGGAAAGUUCGAGUACAACGGCUCGUGCGGGUACUUGCUGAAGCCCGAUUUCAUGCGCCGACCCGAUCGCACCUUCGAUCCGUUCUCAGAGACUCCGGUGGACGGCGUGAUUGCAGCCACGUGCAGCGUCCAGGUGAUCUCGGGGCAGUUCUUGUCUGAUAAGAAGACAGGUACCUACGUGGAGGUGGACAUGUAUGGCCUUCCCACCGACACCAUCAGAAAGGAGUUCAGAACCAAGAUGGUCAUGAACAACGGACUCAAUCCUGUCUACAACUCCGAACCUUUUGUGUUCCGAAAGGUAAUCCUGCCGGACCUGGCGGUGUUGCGGCUGGCCGUGUAUGACGACAGCAGUAAGCUGAUUGGCCAGCGUCUCCUGCCUCUGGACGGGCUGCAGGCCGGCUACCGCCACAUCUCCCUACGCAACGAGGGCAACAAGCCCCUCUCCCUGCCCACGGUCUUCUGCCACAUAGUGCUGAAGACAUACGUACCCGACGGCUUUGGGGCCAUUGUAGACGCGCUAUCAGAUCCGAAGAGGUUCCUCUCCGUCACAGAGAAGAGAGUGGACCUGAUGAAGGCUAUGGGCGUUGAAGAGUGUGAUAUUGUGGAGGUGCUGAGCGACAGCUCCAAGGGCGAUAAGAGGCGUAAGGUGAGCCAGCAGGUGAAGGCCAGCGUCAGCCCGCGCUCCAGCUACGAGCUCCUGGGGAACAGUGGCGGCAGCGCCGGCGGAGGCAAUGGCGGCAAUGGCAGUGGCGCCCCCCCCUCACCACAGCAAUCCACCGCAGCCGGGGAUGCCUCAGUCUUCCAAGUGCAUCAAGUGACGGUGGAAGACUUGAAACAGAUGAAGACUUACCUCAAGCUCGUGAAGAAACAGCAUCAAGAGCUGAGUGCCUUGAAGAAAAAACACACCAAGGAGCAGGUGGUGAUGCAGAGAGCCCAUGGCGCUCAGGUGGACAGCUUGGUCACACAGCAGCACAAAGAGAAAUUGUCACUGGAGAAACAGUGGGAGAAGGAGAAGAAGAAAGGAGGGGAAAUGAAGAGUUCGUAUCCGUGGAGACAGCAUACAGCCAUUAAGAUGGAGGCCAUCAGCUUGGUUCAUAAAGAGAAGGUGGAAGAGCUGGCGUCUCAACAGGCGGUGGAAUGGGCAGGGUUGCUGCGUUGCCACGGUGAGGAGACCCUGAAGAUGGAGGAGCAGCACCUGCAGCAGCAGAGUGAGGCACUGAAGUCUCUACUGGCAUCCAUACAGCAACUCCAUAGGCAACAGCUGCAGCUAAUACACAGUGGGCAGGACAAAGAGCUGUGUGCCAAACAGGCCAAAUCCUCCAUGGAGAGCAGCAAAGCUAUCAGCCAAGACAAGAGCAUCAAGAACAAGGCGGAGAGAGAACGGAGGGUGCGCGAGCUGAACUGUUGCAACACUAAGAAGUUUGUGGAGGAGAGGAAAAGGCUCUACAUGAGACAAUCAAAGGAGACAGAGCUGCUUCAGACAUCACAGAGAGAGCAGCUAGAUAUACUGGCCCAGUACCUAGAGCAGCUUUCACGAUCGCAUCAUUCAAAGCAUCAAAGCGAUGGUCAUGAAGAUGGAGAAGAAGAAAAUAGACAACAAACACACCACAACACCACCACCAGCUCUGAUGAGUAUGAGUAUAAUGUGCUAUAAAUAAAGUGGAUAGCCAUAAGAAUAUGAAGUGACUUUAAAGUAUGGAUCUCUUGAAGCAAGUUUAAUUCAUUGUUUUUUUUUAUCUUUAAAUUCUUUAAAUCUUCAAAUCUUUAAGCUUUCAAUUAAUCUUAAUUCAAUCUUUAAAUUUAAAUCGACAUGAAACAUGUUGCCUAUUUAUUUUACCUUAUUUCAAGAUCAGGCUUGUCAUACAUUGAUUUAUAUUCAUGUCACCUUGUGAUCAAAUUACUUUAGAUAAGCUUAAUGUAUUAUCAUUAGAAUGUGUUGUAUUUCUGUUGCUGUUUGAAAGAAUGUUCUUUAGCCCAACUGCGGUGUAUUUACUACGUUGGUGCGGAUAUGGAUGUGUCUUCCACACCAAAGUGAACCAACCGUGCUAGGAAGCCGGAACGGGGGGUGGACAAAGAGAUUAGUUGUCCCGGGUCCAGGGAGAGAGGGGGCACAGAAUUGGGUCCUCAUGACAUCGUUUGUAUUGGGUUUGGGGUCCUGUCAGAUGGCUUUGUCCUGGGCCCGGACAAAACCUGUCAGCCAGCCCUGCAGCCGAGGGAGGGAGAAGAAAUUAAUGACUCUCUUUCCUCUCCUAAUGAUCACACAUUUAGGUGAAGGGAAUGAGCUACACCACGCCACCAAAGGCUCUUCACUUCCAGUGCCAUUACAACAAGUUAAGCCCACUUUGUUGCAGUAAUUUGCCUGAGUCCAGCCUCUCUGAUAUACCUCCCUCCCUCCCUCUGUCCCUUCUCUGCCAUCCAAAACGUGCCUUCUGGGGUUAUUCUGUUCACGUUUUUAUAUCCACUUGUUGGUGUAUUUCAAACGUUCACAUACAGGAGGGAGAUUUAGAGCACACUCACAUUUAAUGUACAGUAUGUCACGUAA